AGCUGAAGUAUGGAGUUCAAUGGAAAUUGAUGGCUAUAAUGUUAAUUCAAAAUAUGUUGGGGCAGGUGAACAAGAUCUUCCUGAUUUUCCAGACAUUAAAUGGUAUUCAGAACAUGUGUGUGAGAUCCAAUACUUGCUUCAAAUUGUAAAACGUAGAAAUACAGAAUGCUGUCAUCCAAAAAGUGGCCUAUUUAGAUUACUAGACAAUAGGUUUCUUCCACCACCUGUAAAAGUAAAACAAACAGUUGAUGACUUGAGUUUGGAUGAAGGAGGGCAUUUUCUUAAUCUUCCAGUCAAUUUAGCUCUACGCUUAAGUGCUUCACUCAAAGAUUUCCUGCAAAUGCCCUACGAUUAUUUUUGUCCGAACGCACACUGAUAGGAAAGUUAGACCUGUAAGAGUCGCUGCUCGUCGUGCUAAUGAACUGAUGUGCAUUAUUCAAAAUUUAGAGCACCAUGAUAUUGAAUGGCUCGAUGAGAACGACGUAGACAUUUCAAAAUCCUAUGAAAGCGAGCAAACUCACAACACACAAUCGAAGCAAUCCAA